GACCUGAAGAAAUACUGUGCCUCAGAUGAUGCUCUUUUGAGGCUUCUGCCUGUGAUCAAAGCCUCCAAAAAAGCUCUUUUGCGUGACUGCAAGCUGUCAGAGAGAAGCUGUGACGCUCUUUCUUCAGUUCUCAGCUCUCAGUCCUCAAGUCUCAGAGAUCUAGACCUGAGUAGCAACGACCUGCAGGAUUCAGGAGCGAGGCAGCUCUCAUUGGCAAUGAGUAGUCCACAAUGUCAACUUGAGACUCUCAGGCUGUCAGGCUGUCUGAUCACAGAGGAAGGCUGUGCUUCUCUGGCUUCUGCUCUGAGCUCCAACCCCACCCAUUUGAGAGAGCUGGACCUGAGCUACAAUCAUCCAGGUGAGGCGGUGAAGCUGCUGAAUGCUGGACUGAAGGAUCCAAACUGGAGACUGGACUCUCUCAGAGUGGAACCUGCUGGUCUCCGUUGGUUGACACCAGGUCCCUGGAGAUAUUCCUGUCAACUCAGCAUUGACGCCAACACAGUGAAUAAAAAACUCAAAGUGUCUGACAGCAACAAGAAAGUGACCUUACUGGAGGAGCUUCACUCAUACCCUGAUCAUUCAGACAGAUUUGAUGGUUGGUCUCAGCUGCUGUGCAGAGAUGCUCUGACCGGUCGCAGCUACUGGGAGGUCGAGUGGAAAGGAAAAGUUCACAUAUCAGUGAGUUCCAGAGGAAUUGGGAGGAGAGGAGAGAGAGGAGACUGUUUGUUUGGAUUGAACCGUCAUUCCUGGAGUUUGAGCUGCUCUGAUGAUCUUGGUUAUUCAGUGUGGCACAAUGGCCACCAAACAUUCUCCUCCUCCUCCUCCUCCUCUCACAGAGUGGCGGUGUACGUGGACUGUCUUGCUGACACUCUGUCCUUCUUCAGAGUUUCUGGUCACUCACUGAUCCCCCUCCACACCUUCAACCCCACAUUCACUGAACCUCUUUAUCCUGGAUUUGGGUUCAGUUUACUUGGCUCCUCUGUGAAUCUGCUCUGAGUUGGUGUAAAGACCUUUAGAAUAAGUCAGAAGAGUUUAUCCAGACAUGCUUCCACAUGUGUGCCUUCAAUCCGUUUUGUUUUAAGCUCCCCAAGUGGCCAUCUUUUUCCAGUCCUUCAGAGAUGAAAGCAACCGUAAUUCCAGCAUUAGCAGAUAGAAAACUUAUUUUACAUUUGUGGACAGCAUUUUACAACUACAGAAACGUUUAUAAAGCUUAGAACUCCAUAAAGCUACGUCUGUUCCUGUCUGCUGCGGGUGAUUCACCCAACAACUCUAUACUGACGAUUGCAGUUCCUCUGGUUUAACCAGCUUUACCCUGGAUUUUUGAGUAAACUAUCAUCCUCAACUACCAGCAUUCCUUGUAGAGGUGCAAUGGAUCAUGGCUGAACCGUGAUCCGUACGGAUCAGUAGCUAUAGUUCUGAACACAUA